CCCUGACUUCCUCUUCCCAGGCAUUCCAGAAGUUUGGGUCGCAAUGGCGGUGGUGACUGUGGCUUCCCGCACUCUCCGAAAUCUGCUAGCACGACGACUGACACCCCCCAGCUCACUCAGCCCGAGCUUUCGCCCUUUGAGUUCCGCUGUAUCCCAGGAAGCUGCUUCCGGAGAAACCCCCAGUGAAGCCCCAGGUCACAGCUAUGAGUCCCUUAAAGUGACAUCUGCUAGGAAACACAUCCUGCAUGUGCAGCUGAACCGACCCGAGAAGAGGAAUGCCAUGAACAGAGCCUUCUGGAGGGAGAUGGUGGAGUGCUUCAGUAAGAUUGCUGAAGAUGCUGAGUGCCGGGCAGUGGUAAUUUCUGGAAUGGGAAAAAUGUUCACAUCAGGUAUUGACCUCAUGGACAUGGCGUCAGACAUCUUGCAACCCCAGGGUGAUGACGUGGCUCGCAUCAGCUGGUACCUGCACAAACUUAUUGCCAACUACCAAGAGACCUUCACCAUCAUUGAAAAGUGUCCUAAACCUGUGAUUGCUGCUGUUCAUGGUGGCUGCAUUGGUGGAGGUGUGGACCUCGUCACUGCCUGUGAUAUCCGCUACUGUGCCCAGGAUGCUUUUUUUCAGAUCAAGGAGGUGGACGUGGGCUUGGCUGCUGAUGUGGGAACUCUGCAGAGGCUGCCCAAAGUCAUCGGGAACCAGAGCCUGGUCAACGAGCUAGCCUUCACCUGCCGCAAGAUGAUGGCUGACGAGGCCCUGAGCUGUGGGCUGGUCAGCCGGGUGUUCACCGAUCGGGAUGCCAUGCUCGAUGCCGCCUUCGCCCUGGCAGCCGAGAUUGCCAGCAAAAGCCCUGUGGCGGUGCAGGGCACCAAAGUCAACUUGCUCUACUCUCGUGACCAUUCGGUAGAUGAAGGUCUCAAGUACAUGAGGGUCUGGAAUAAGUCUAUGCUGCAAACGAAUGACAUCAUGAAGUCUGUCCAAGCCGCGAUGGAGAAGAAGGACCUAAAGACUAUCACCUUUUCCAAGCUCUGAGAGUACUUCUCCCAGGACCAGACUGGGUUCUGGCCUGUCUUCAGCUCUAGAGAGAUGAAGAUGUUCGCUUCAGUGCCUUUCCCCAGAAAAUCUCCCAGUUUUUAACCCAGUGACAAGGAUUUCCCCCUGUCCAGGGUCUGAUCUUGUGCCCUUGAACAAAAUAAAUAAAUUAACUAAAAGAA